CAGACCGGGAGGACACAGAGGAACCCAGCCUGGAAGGGCGGGACACGGGGGCCGGCCGGGGGCCGGAGGGGCAGGUGGUGCCAGCACCGCCCCCCUGGGCUGUCCCGCCCCGUCCCCCCCUCCCUGCCCGACCGACUCGCCCGACGGCCCAGCAUCCCUUCGCCUUCCCCCGCGCCGUGGCCGCUAUAAAUCAGACGGCGGCGGCUGCCCCCGGGGAGCGGGGCUACCCAGGCGCUGCGACCGGGCUGCCUCUCCAGCCUCCCUCCCCGUCUGGAUACCUCGCCGGACCACCCCCGCAGAGCCCGGAGAUGAGCUCUCCACAAUCCCGUCCCCGGGGCACGAAGGACCUCGAGGUGGCGGCGAUGCUGCCGGGGUCCCCGCCUGCCCCCGCCGCCCCUGUGGCCCCGCGGGCGGGUUCCCAAUUCCUGGCCAGCUGGCGCCUGCAGAAGCUCCGCAUCCCGCACCGCACCUCGGGGCGAGCCCGGCGCCGCACGGAGCCCCGCUCGCCGCCCGCGCGGGGCCUGGGGCCGCGGGGCGCGGGGAGCCGCCCCCUCCAGCCCGCCCGCCCCGGCAUCAUCGACUCGGACCCGGUGGACGAGGAGGUGCUCAGGGCGCUGGUGCUGGAGCUUGGCCUCGACAGGGCGGACGAGCUGCCGGAGCUCUGGCUCGGCCACCACGAGUUCGACCCCCCCGCGGACCUGCCGGCUGGCUGCUGAGGCUGGAGGGCUCCAGCUGGGGCGGGGGGCUCCCGCCUCACCCCACUCACCGGGACCUCGAGGUCCGGUGCCGCUAGGCGCGGGCAGCGCCCCGGCUGCCCCACGGGCCGGUGCUGCGGGCUCAGACAGCGCUCGGAGCCCGGCCGAGGGUGGGAAGGGGCAGGAGGAGGGGCUGCGGUCGCGCUGCCCGCCCCCCAAAACGCGGGCGUCACGCUGAGCCAUGCGGCUCAGGCUGCUGUGUAAUAAAAUCUGGGAGGACUGUUCCGUC